AUGGUGGUGUUUCGAAGGUGUUUGCGACAAUUUUCAACUAGACAUUAUUUGGUGGGAAAUGAGAAGGCGGAUUUGUUUUUGGAAGGUGUUUCGAAACGAUUGGAUGAAUGUCAGAAUGGAUUAGCAAAUGGUGAGGGUUUGGGAAAUUUUUGGUGUGAAAAACAUCUUGGGAAUUUCAUGAAAACAAUGAAAUUCAGAAAAAAAAAAUGAAAUUAAAAGAAAUUUUUUAAACGCUGACCACUUUCCAAAAGCAUAGAAGUUCCUUUUUGAAAAAAAAUACAGUUUUUUUGUGAAAUGUUCACGCUAUUUUUGGCCGUCCAAAUCGAGAGAAUGGCGCAGAGAAAAAGACGCUCGUUUCUCGACACGAACAAAAAUAUUUUGGUAAUACUACUGUAUCUAUUGCUUCGCGUGUGUCUUUUUCACGCGUUUCUCGAAACGAACAAACAAAAAUACCACAAAACUACUGUACUUAAAGGGAGUUUUCGCGUCUGUGUCAUCUCUCUCGAUUCGGACGCUCUUCUUCUUUUUUAAAAUAGCGCGCAUGUUCCAAAAUUCCAUCUUACAGUAAAUUCACGUGAUUUGAUUUUUCUAGUAAUUUUUGAAAUGCGAUAAAUUUCACUUUAUAUGUAUUCUCAUUUCCACGUGGAAUUUUUCACGUUUGAAUUAAAAUUUCAGAAUAAUUUUUCAUUUCAAAAAUAAUUUCAAAAAAAAAAAGUCAGUCUUGAAAAAAUUUAUAUUUUCAAGAAUCAAUGUUUACUUUUUUCAAAAAUCAAUGAAACAACAAAAUGUUUACUCAAAAAAAAACCAGUCACCAAUUUUCUCUGUCUUAAAGGGGGUCACUGAAAUAAUCGGAAAAAGUGGUGUGUAGUUUUGCGUCGCCUUGUGUGUUUGUGCACAGCACACAUUUUAAUUGACGCGCACGUAUUUUUAUUUUUCAAAAAAAGUUGUUCGCAGUGUGUUUGUUUGGAAAAUGAUGGAAUGAAAAGCAAAAACGUAGAAUUCAGUAAUAUUUCAUAGAAAUGAGCGACUAUCCUAUCAAAAUUCAGCUCAAAACAACUAGUUUAAAAUAUAUCACCGCCCAAUUUCACAAAUUUACUGAUUCCUGCCGAUUUCUAAGGAGAUUUCAUUCAAAAUUGAUGUUUUUAUAUAAUUCCGUUCUAAAUUCACGGAAAUACACUAAUUUAAUCCUGUUUCUUCUGGUAUUUGUGGGAAUUUACUGCAAAAAAGAGAAAAAACAGUUUGAAUCUAAUUUUUUCCGCCGUUAUCAAUAGAGCGCACAAGCUCGCGUGCCAGAAAUGUUCACAGAUUUUUUUCUUUUUUUUUUCUUUCUCACACACAAAAUUUCUAUAUUUUUUUUCUCAAGCGGAGUGAGAAUGAUAGACGGAAUAGCUUUAAGAUGGAUAAAACAUGCGUUUAUCUCAGAGUCCCCCUUUAAAAUCAUCCCAAAAUAUUUGCAGCUCAACCAGAUCGAAUAAGUUAUUGGGAAUCGAUUGUAAAACAAUCGAAAACAGUCAACGAAACCAUCAAUGAAAUCCGUCAACUCACAACACUUCUAUCAGAUUCGUCUGAAAAUCAAGAGCUGAAAUUGAUGGCAAAAGAAGAUGUGGCGAAUUUAGAAGAAGUGCUUGAGGAAAAUCUAGAAGAAUUGUCGCGGAGAAUAGUUCCGUUGAAUAAUUUGGAUGUUUUAUCGAAAUGUCAAAUUGAAUUGAGUUGUGGAAUUGGAGGACAAGAAGCUAUGUUAUUUACUGGUGAAUUAUUAGAUAUGUAUAGUAAAUUGGCAGUUUCGAAUAAUUGGUCAUGGGAACCACUUCAGGUUAAUUUUUAAAACAUUUUAAGUUUCAAAAUUUUUGAAAUAACAAUCUUUGUUGUUUUUCCAUUUUCAAUGAUUUUCAGAUCGAUAAAGUACCACUUGGAGGUGUUCGAACAGCAUUAAUCGCCGUCGCCGGUGAAGAUGUUUAUUCAAAACUUCGAUUCGAGGCUGGUGUCCAUCGAGUUCAGCGAAUUCCAGUCAACGAUUCUCGAAUGCACACAAGCACUGCAAGUGUUUCAGUUCUACCGGAACCCGAAGAAGUUUCUGUGGUUGUUCCGAGUGGAUCGGUGAAAAUUGAGGCGAUGAGAGCAUCUGGACCUGGAGGACAAAAUGUGAAUAAAAGAUCGACGGCUGUGAGAAUGACGCAUAAAGAGACCGGAAUUGCGGUGCAUUGUAUGGAUGAACGAUUUCAGCAUUUGAAUAUUCAGGUAUGUCGGAUUUUUGAGGUUAAAAUUCAAUGGGAAAUGGAGAUCUUAUCUGGGGAAAAAAUAUGACGUGGAAGUUAUGAAAAAAAAAUCAAAAAUUAUCAAAAGCGUAUAGCUCGGAAGGUGCUUAUUAUAUUCAGAAGUUCCUGAUACAAAAAUCUCUACCAUUUUCCGUAUAAAUUCUCAGAUAGCCUACAAACGCCUCGCCGCAAUUCUAAUGCAAAAACAAGUCGACGCAAUGCACGAGAAAAUCGUCUCAAAUCGCAAACUUCAAGUCGGCUCAAAAGCACGCGCCGAAAAAAUCCGAACCUACAAUUUCCAACACGAUCGAGUAACCGAUCAUCGGAUACAAAUGGCUGUGACUGGCGUGGACGAAUUUUUGGAGGCGGGUGAAACUUUAGAGAUGAUGAUCAAAAAAUUGAACGAGGUUUAUAUGAAAGAUCGACUUGAACAUAUUAUUGAAACUUGUAGUAUUGAUUGA